GCAUCAAAAAAGUUUCGAUUUUGGGGUCGUUUUUGUAGAUCUUGGAGAGAGAGAGAGAGAGAGAGAGAGAGAGAGAGAGAGAGAGAGAGCAGUGGAGCUAUAUCUACUUGCUGCUUUCUGUCUUUAGCAGGGUAAUGAAGCCCUGGUUAGGGUUUCGUCGCUCUUCUUCGCAAGAUUCUCUCGACGACUGUAACUGUUGGUUUUCUGAAAGGGUUGUCGAAGCAUUCGGCCCAAAAGAGAAAAGGCCAAUGGGUUCAUUCUUGAGUUUACCUCGUAGCAAAGCUCGACUACUGCAGCAUCGCAAAUCCUUCGAACUAGAAGACUGUAAGAGGCUAAGGAUGUCAGCCAACUACGGUAGUGGAAACACAAGGUUGAUCCCUUGUUUGCCUGAUGAGAUUUCACUAGAGAUCUUAGCCAGAGUGCCUAGAAUUUGCUAUCUGAACAUGAAGAUGGUUUCUCGAAGAUGGAGAGCAGUUCUCUCUGGUGCUGAAGUUUAUCAGUUAAGAAAAGAACUCGGGAGAACUGAAGAAUGGGUUUACAUAUUGACAAAAGUCGAAGAUGGUAAGCUUGCAUGGCAUGCUUUAGACCCUCGGUCGGGGAGAUGGCAAAGGUUGCCGCCGAUGCCAAACACCCAGAGGGGCUCCUUAGGACUGUGGCCAAGGAUCCUGAUGGAUCCAAGCACCAAAUUUGCUGACAUGGUUAGAAGUUGGCUUGGUACUACGGAUACCUCGGUAAAUAUGCCAUUCUAUGGUUGUGGAGUCGGCACGGUCGACGGAUGUCUCUAUGUGUUAGGUGGACUGUCGAGUUCUUCAGCAAUCAAGUCUGUCUGGAGGUAUGAUCCCUGUGCCAAUUCAUGGCAGGAAUCGAGUCCAAUGACGAUCGGAAGGGCUUUCUGUAAGACGAGCGUGUUGGAUGACAAGCUUUACGUCAUCGGCGGUAUUACGAGGGGCAAGAAAGGUUUAACUUCUUUACGGUCUGCCGAAGUAUAUGAUCCACGGACAGGGUUGUGGGCACCGGUGCCGAGCAUGCUGUUCUCCAAGUUCACCAGGCCUGUUGCGGCGGGAGCGACGACGUACAAGGGCAGGCUGUGCGUGCCUCAGAAUCUAUACUGCUAUCCAUUCUAUGCCGAUGUCGGCGGCGAGAUGUACGAUCCCAAGACGAACACCUGGGUGGAUAUGCCCGCCGGCAUGGGCAAGGGUUGGCCGGGCAAGCAGGCGGAGACUAGUUUGAGCAUAGGGAGUAAUCUGAGCACGGUGUUGAACGGCGAAUUGUAUGCCUUGGAUCCGUGCGAUGCUGCUGCGGAGGGUGCUCAGAUAAAGGUGUACGAUCAGGAAGAUGAUGCAUGGAAAGCGGUGAUGGGAAGAGUUCCCGUCCAUAACUGGGGCAAUUUUGGAGCACCGUAUAUGCUCGUCACUCUCCUCGGGAAGCUCCAUGUGAUCGCCAAAGAAUUCAACAAUGAGACUCGUGUAUUGCGAGCAGAUCCGAAGCAUUCAUGUUCUUCCUACUCCACUUGGUCGUCGUCAUCUUCUGCUGCAACCAUCUUCUCGAGUCGAAAUCCCGACAAAUCACCUGAGACGGAACGCAACCUCUGGGAGGUGAUCGCCGCUAAGAAUUUUGGCACAGCACAAUUUGUCGCUUGCCGAGUGCUUGCUAUUUAAAGGAUAUCAAAACAGUGGUGAUGUGAAAUUAAUCGAGUCGAUCUCUCGGA